GCGCAAGAAAAGCCACCGUACCCACCUCAGUUGGAGCCACGAAUUCUUGGGGAGAAGAUAAUAAAAGGACGGAAGGCGACUCCCACCCAGCCAGCACGUUCCUUGGAAGGCUCCUCCCUCCAGUGAGGUGCCAAUGGGCUCGUCUCCAGCUCCAGAUGAUGCCAUGAGGCAGCAUCUGCUGGACGUGGACGUGGACGGCGGCGACGGGCCCAAGAUACGGGUGCGCGGGCUGACGCUGCGGCCGCCGGGGCCGGACGGCGAGCCGACCGUGCCCGGGUCCGACCUGGACGUGCCGCGCGGGGUGGUGAUGGGCGUCAUCGGCCCCAGCGGCAGCGGCAAGUCCACGCUGCUCCGCACCCUCAACCGCCUCUGGGAGCCCGCCCCCGGCGCCGUCACCCUCGACGGCGCCGACAUCCGCGGCCUCGACGUCCUCGCGCUCCGCCGCAGGGUCGGCAUGCUCUUCCAGCUCCCCGCCAUGUUCCACGGAACGGUGGCGGACAACGUGCGGUACGGCCCGCGGCUGCGCGGCGAGACGCUGACCGACGCGCAGGUGGAGGAGCUGCUGGGCCUGUCGGACCUGGACCCCGCCCUGGCCUCCCGGCCGGCGUCGGAGCUGUCCGUCGGCCAGGCGCAACGCGUCGCCCUGGCCCGCACCCUCGCCAACGACCCGGAGGUGCUGCUGCUGGACGAGCCGACGAGCGCGCUGGACCCCAUCUCCACGCAGAACAUCGAGGAGGCCAUCGUGCGGCUGAAGAAGGCGCGGGGGAUCACCACGGUGAUCGUCUCGCACAGCGUGAGGCAGAUCCAGCGGAUCGCCGACCUCGUGUGCCUCGUCGUCGACGGCGUCGUCGUGGAGGUGCUCCCGCCGUCCGACCUGUCCCAAGCCAAGCACCUCAUGGCCCGACGCUUCCUGGAGCUCAGCUAGUUGAAUGUUUGUUUGACUUUGGUCGCCGACUACACUGUUGAGUCUGUCUGACCUUGCUUAAUUCGGACAUGUCGCUUCAAUCUUGCUACCACGACGAACGCUGUGUGCGAUCUGCAUAAAUGUACUUCUCUUUUUGAGAUAGCAUAAAUGUACUUUUGGUGUGUCU